CGAGUUAGUAAAUUACUUAGACUUCACAAUUUUUAAGAGCUCAUAACCAGUUUGUUUAUUAUAACCUACAAACUUCAAACAUGUCUGAAGAAAUAGAUUUUAACAAAACAGUUAAAACCGAACUGAUUGCUGAUUAUCCCCAAGUGAAACAGGAAUUCGAUGAUUAUGAUACGUCAGAUUUGUAUAUGAAUGAUGAUAUAUGUCUGCAGCAAUUUCUUAAAUCUGAGGUUACAAUUGACGAGGAAAUGAAACAAGAGACGAUUGAUGACCAACAUGAUGUGACUAGUACAAACAAAACUGUUCAAAUAUAUGUACAAACAAAAAGUUCUUAUAUAUGUGGUGGAGAGAUCAGUAAUUCAAGUAAUUUAGUGGAUAGUACAAACAAAUCAUUUGAAAAAGUUUCAGGCAAAAGAGAAACAACUAAAAACUUGAAAUCAUAUAAAUGUAAAUCAUGCAGUAAAAUAUUCACAACAAAAAAUAGCUUAAAGAGACAUGAAAUGAUUCACACUGGGGAACGCCCUUAUGAGUGCAAAAUAUGCAAUAAAAGAUUUUCACAGUCAAGUAGUUUAAGACAGCAUUCAUUGAUUCAUACUGGUGAACGUCCUCAUAUUUGUGAAUUAUGCAAUAAAAAAUUCAAUAAAAAGUCAAACUUAAAUCAGCAUAAAUUGGUCCACACUGGAGAACAGCCUUAUGAGUGCAAAAUAUGCAAUAAAAGAUUUUCACAGUCAAGUAGUUUAAGGCAGCAUUCAUUGAUCCAUACUGGUGAACGUCCUCGUGAGUGCGCAAUAUGCAAAAAAUCAUUUUUAGGGUCCAGUGAUUUAAGAAAACAUAUGUUAGUGCAUACUGCAGAACGCAUUUAUGAUUGUGAAAUAUGCAAUAAAAAAUUCAAAACAAAUUCACACUUAAUUAAACAUAAAGUGGUCCACACUGGAGAACGGCCUUAUGAGUGCAAAAUAUGCAAAAAAAGAUUUUUACAGUAUGGUAGUUUAAGAUAUCAUUUAUCAGUGCAUACUAAAGAACGGCCUCAUGAGUGCAAAAUAUGCAAUAAAAGAUUUACACAGAUAAAUAGUUUAAAAUUGCAUUCAUCAGUGCAUAGUGAAGAACGACCUUAUGAAUGUGAGACGUGCAAUAAAACAUUCAAAACAAAACCUGUAUUAAUACAACAUGAAAAAAGAAUACAUAUUAGAGAACCAACUGUAAUUAAAAAGUCAACAAAACUGUUGAAUCAGUCAAGAAACUGCCCGACCUAAUAAUCCUUAUCCUUUACACAAUUUAUAUUGAUAUAGCAUAUUAAUUGCACUUCAUUUAUUA